GACCAGGACGUUUUAUCUAACGACGAGUGUAUUUUGUUUUUAAAUGAGGAAGCUUUCCGUGCGUUGUAAGCCUAGCUAGGAAAAUUGUGGGAUGUGGACUGAGCAUAGAAUUAUUUAAUGAUAUGGAAUCUCUGUCAACAACACUAGCAGAUGACUUUCUUACAUGCUCCAUAUGCUGUGAAAUCUAUACGGAACCCCAAACGCUGCCAUGUUUACAUUCAUUUUGCAAGAAAUGUAUUCAGACGUUCAUCCAAUCUGGUUGUACGGAAGAGCCAUAUCACUGCCCAAUCUGCAGAGAACCGUUUUCAUUGGAAAAUAAAGGACUUAAAAAGAAUUUUUGCUUACAGAAUAUGGUUGACCUGAUUAAAAAACAAUCCGAUUUAUCUAAAACUUUUUGUUCGUUUUGUAUGGAUGAGGAUCAUAUCGCUGUUUCCCAGUGCUUAACUUGCUUAGAUUUUCUCUGCGAGGAGUGUUCGAAAACAAGACAUACAUUCACCACCCAAACCAGAAAUCAUAAAGUUAAGUCAUUAAUUGAAAUAAAGGAAGGCAAAUAUGACAGAGAAAUAGAGGUGGCUAAAAAAAUUCGUUGCCCAAAGCACAACCAUGAAAUUCGAUACUUCUGUCUCCAAUGUAACCUCUCUCUAUGUGGAGACUGUGCUUUAUUUGACCACGAACAUACAGAUGUUAAACUUAUUUCUGAAGUAAGAAGAACCAAAGAAUCCAAAAUAUCCAGCAUACUAGAACCACUAAGAACAAAUCUUCAGACUUUACAGGAAAAGCGUUCAACAGUUGAGAUACGGAUGAAAGAAUUAGUUGAAAAGGAAACAUUGAUGAAAGGUGAGAUAGAAAAGGUAUGCAGUGAUGCAGUGAAUAGCAUUCACGAGGCUCAAAAGAAUAUUACAGAAGAACUCACGAAAAAAGUAAAUCCUGGAAGAGAAUGUCUAAUACAUGUCCAUGAUAAAGUAACUGAAUUGUUCAAAAACAUUUCUGAGUCAGUCAAGUUUUCUGAGAAUAUUCUGAGUAGAGGAAAUGAUGUUGAGGUGUUGUUUUUGCUUGACGAAAUUUACGAAAGACUUUCAAAACUGAACGAAACGUAUGCGACACAAGAGCAUCAAUUUCAAUGUCCCUCCGUUGAAAUUCCAUAUUUACAUUUGAAAUGGAACGAACCAUUUAUGAUGAGUUUUUCUACCAGGAUUGAUGAUAAAGACAUUGUUAACAUGAAAGAGGCCCUUAAAAUAACGACAAAAACGUGUGAACCGAAACGUCCCUCGGUACAAAAUUCAUCAAGUAACUUGUCUGAACAAAAACAAAAUUCAAAAAGUCUACCAAAUCUUACUCUUAAAGAGAAACCUCAUGAGACUUUUAGGCUCCAGUUCAAUAAAAAUCUUUAUCUAGAUGACGUCAGCGAUUUGCGCACCCCCGUGUUUACCAGUGUUGCAUGGACGGCCGAUGGUCGUAUAGCGGCAAUAGACAGAGAAAACAACAAAAUCAAAAUUUUAACACACGACACUGAAGUACAUGCAGUUAAAUCAAUAAAGGUACCAGGUGCAUGUGUGAUUUCCUCAUAUCGAAUGGGAUUUGCUUGUCUCGCUGGUUCAAGGUUGCUUAUUUUCGAUCAAAACUUUAAUGAAUUGAACAGAUUUGAAGGAAUUUCAACGAUAAUCACACAACAUCCAGAAUGCGAUACACUAGCGUGGAUGUCAAAGAAAAAGGUUUUUAUCAAAACCUGUGACAGGAUCGAUGAACGGGAAAUAUUAAACGACCAAGGGAAAAAAUUCUCCUUCGGCAAACCGGUGUAUGCCAGCCGUCUUCCGAACAAAACACUGAUCGUGUCCGACUGGAUAAAAGACCGUGUGUACCUGCUUGACCAAGACUGCAAGAUUUUCAAGAGAAUUAAUGCCUACCCAGGAUCAAUUGCUUUUGAUACUGAAAAUAACAUUUUUAUAUCUGAAUACUUUGAUGGGAGUCUUUCAAUAUUUGACAGCAAAGGGAUUAAUAAAUCCUUUAUCAAAAUUGACAAAUGGCAGACUAAACCAAGAAGCAUUGCUAUUUUCAAAGAUGCUCUACUUAUCGCAAGUUCAAACAAAGUCAAUAUAUAUAAUUUUUUGUCUUAAAUGAUUUAAUGACCAUAUCUUAAAAUAGACUAGUGUAUUCAAAGAUGUCUCAUAUUAUUUAACGUAGAAAUAAAAUUAUUGAUUAAAAUGUUUACAUGUCCAUGUACAUACAGUAUCGAAUUUUUUUCUUCAUAGAAAAGAAUUCAAAUAAAGUAAUAAUUGGGAUUUUAUUUAAUGAUCACAACAAUAAAAA